CCGACGGCGUGCCGGAGCUGGGCGUGCCGGUCCUGUGGUAUAGUAGAUCUGAAACAGAUAAAAACAAGGAAUAAUGUUCUAGAUGGUGUUCUUGGCGAGCAGUCUUCAGACCACCGUGCAUUGCCAACAUCAAUGGGGGCUGGCGGCCACGACUUGACGGACUUGGUGGGAUGCUGCGUGCGCUCACUGGUGCACGGCCAUGGCGCAGGGGCUCGGCGGGCUGGGCGCGGAUCUGCGCGCCCUGCGUCAGGGCGCGGGCGUCUAGUGCGUGCAGAGGGUCCUGCGGCGCAGAUCUGCUGCCUGCGCGUUGCGGCAAGGGCGCCGGUGCAAAGGGAGUGCGAGGGGAUCGGCGGUGGGCGGCUCCAUGCCGCGGGUGCUCCGACGCGCAAGGGGCUGUGCAGAGGCGCGGGAGCAGCGCAAGGGGACCGUGCAGAGGGACGGUGGCGGCGCGGGGUGGCCCAGCUGGCGCGGAUAUGCCGUGUGUGGGUCGCACCGAGGCGACAGGGAGGCAGCGGCAGGGAAGCUCGGCAGGUGGGCGUGAGGGGCUGCGGCUCAGGCGAGGCUGGGCAGGGAGGCUCGGCGGAUGUGCGCAGGAGGUCCGGGCAGCACGGAUCUGCGGCUGGGUGGCCACCUGCUCCGGCGUGGUGGAGGCCCGUCAUGGUGCUGCUUCUCUGGCGGGGCGCGUGGUGGAGGGGCUCGGGCUGCCUGUUUGGCACUCGGGCGGCGACUUCGGCUGCGAGGAUGAUUGGUGGGCUUGUCGGUGCCGGUGCGGGAUGAUGUGCAACCGAGGUGAUGUGGGAGCUCGGGUGAAGACCCUGUCUCGGCCCUGUGCCGUGAUCAGCGAUGGCGGCGGCUGUGGCCGUCGUGACCUUCCUGGAGGCUUCGCUGAUUUGCUGCCGCACUCCCCUCGCAUGGAUCCGGCCAUCUUGGCCUCUUCAGGGGAAACCCUAGAUCUUAUGAUCGGAUGAUGACGGCACCUUGGUGUCGUUUUCCCUCUUGGGGGCUUCGUCUUGGAGCUCGGCAUCGGCAAGCGGGGCCGGUGGUUGGUGGCGUCCAGGCUUCUGUGGCAACGAUGAUGGUGGGAGCAAUGUCGGCGACGCGGCAAUGGUUGCGGUAGUCGGCUCUUCUUCGGCGUCUCCACGGUAUUGCCUCGUUUUGCUUGUUGCUAUGGAGUCGAAGCUGCGGCGGCGAGGCCCUGUGGUAUACGAUGACUGGCUGCAAGUUGACUGGCUGCAAGUUGCCCGUUCGGCGAUCUCCCGUGGCGCCAGCCGUGCCUGGUUUUGUCCUACUGAGUUCUCCGUCAGAGUUGGAGUUGCGCUGUCUGGCCGCAGGAGGCUGAGGUUUUGGCAUCGAUCUUCAUGCACCUUCACGUGUCCACUACAGUGUGGGUUGAGUAAACGAUCGCUUACGGUAAAGUGGGAGUCGUUUCCUCAGAGUGUAGGGAUGGCGAUGACGCCUCUAGGGGAGGAGUGAUGACGAUGACGCCUGCGUGCGGUCUCGUCGAGGCCCUCUUUGGAGUGGUGUGCGUGGGGCUUUCUAUGUGUGCCGCUCAGCGGUUGCGAGGGUUUUAGCCCGGUUCUCCAUAAUUAACUGGGCAAUCUGGUUUUCGCUCGGUUUUUCCUAAUUAACCGAGCAACUCUCUUCUGCUUAAUUAAUUGAUGGGGCAAAACUUUUGCCUCCGUUUAAAAAAAAGUGU